UUUGGUUUGAGUCAGGGCCGCCACCAACCAAAUAAAACAAAGUAUUCACAUUUUCCUCCUUUCGUUGUUCUCCCCUUCAUCUCUCUUCUCACUCCUUAACAUUUUAAGGUGAGAGAAGAGAGAAUAACAGAGGAAGAAGAACAAGAAUGGAGUCUGCAAUUAUUACCAGCAAUCACAUUUCUCUCGCGUUAUCUAUCUCCAGAAACCCCAGUUUAUCGACUAAAAAUGCUGCUGGCAUAUCUUGCAUAAAAUGGCAGAAACCAUGCCUAAGAAAGUUAAGCCAUGUGAGACUCAACCAACAAUGGAAGGGUACGAGAAGAAAGUCAGCCUUGGUGCAGGCUGUUGCUGUCCCUGUUGCACCACCCUCAGAACUUCCCCCUACCGAUAACACGGAACACCUCAAACAGCUAGCAGAGAGCUAUGGUUUCCAGCAAAUUGGUGAACCACUUCCUGAUGAUGUGACUAUGAGGGACAUAAUUACCUCCCUUCCUAAGAAGGUGUUUGAGAUUAAUGACAUGAAAGCAUGGGGAACAGUUCUAAUAAGUGUGACUUCAUAUGCUUUGGGUAUAUAUAUGAUUGCUAAAGCCCCUUGGUACUUGCUUCCUCUUGCCUGGGCGUGGACAGGCACUGCUAUUACAGGGUUCUUUGUGAUUGGACAUGAUUGUGCUCACAAAUCCUUUUCAAAAAAUAAGCUACUUGAAGAUAUUGUUGGGACUCUUGCAUUUAUGCCGCUUAUAUAUCCUUAUGAACCAUGGCGCUUCAAGCAUGAUCAGCAUCAUGCCAAAACUAAUAUGUUGCGUGAAGAUACAGCCUGGCUUCCUAUCAUGAAAGAAGAUAUAGAGGAAUCCCCUGCCUUGCGUAAAGCUCUAAUUUUAGGUUAUGGCCCCCUUCGAACUUGGAUGUCAGUAGCUCACUGGUUAAGGUUUCACUUUGAUUUAAAGAAGUUCAGAAAGAGUGAAGUAAAGCGUGCCACAAUAAGCAUAGCUGCUGUUUCCGCAUUUAUGGUUAUAGCUUGGCCCCUGAUUAUAUAUAAGACCGGAAUAGUGGGAUGGAUCAAGUUCUGGCUAAUGCCAUGGUUGGGCUACCAUUUUUGGAUGAGUACUUUCACAAUAGUCCAUCAUACAGCGCCGCACAUACCUUUUAAGGAUUCAAAGGAGUGGAAUGCAGCACAGGCCCAGCUUAAUGGAACUGUACACUGUGACUAUCCCCGUUGGAUAGAGGUCUUGUGCCAUGAUAUCAAUGUGCAUAUUCCUCAUCAUAUCUCUCCUAAAAUUCCAAGCUACAAUUUGCGAGCAGCUAAUCAAUCCCUAAAUGAGAACUGGGGAAAGUACCUAAACAAGGCUGUAUGGAAUUGGCGUUUGAUGAGAACGAUUAUGACAACAUGUCAUAUCUAUGAUAAAGAAGAAAAUUAUGUCUCAUUUGAGAAAGCUGUUCCUGAAGAAUCACAGCCGAUUUCAUUCCUUAAAAGAGUGAUGCCUGAUUAUGCUUGAUACAUUGCACAAAUAUUGAUUCGCAGCAUGCUGGGUAAAAGUAGCAUUAUGCAAUGAAAUUUUUACUUUACUUGCCCAUUGUAAAUUGAUGGGGUUACUGCCAGGGCCUCCAUCAUACUGUACUAGCAAGUGUAAGCUAGCACGACAAAACUAUCAUGUCCAUGGAAGGAACCUGGCUGCGCUCUGCAGAACGUAGCAUUAGCUAUACAGAUUAGAUAUUUGUAUGAAACCUGAAAGUUUCUUACGAUUUUUUUCUCCUUUCAGAAUAUAUAUAUCUUCUUCUGGGUUGCUAUCACAGGCCCGGCAUUUAGCUUUUUCUUAAA